AUGGCUCCAAUACACACUUUACGCGUUUCACCCCUCAGGGGUGUUUUUGCUGCUGAUCCUGGUUCCUGCUAUAUCACAGGUGGGGAUUUUACCAGCAGAGCUAUACAAACUAAAAAACAACAACAACUUCCUGCAGCCUGGACCUCUUCUCCUUCUAACAGCAACUGACCCAGAAACGAUCCAAACCAGAGCUGGGUCCAUAGCUCUCCGUUUGUGAGUGCAUAUACACCAUCAUUCCAAUAUGUUGCCAGCAUUCUGGGAGAUGUACUCCGUGACAUCCGGAGUGCCAAAUUUUGCCUAUCCCUGAUAUACAAUAUAUUGACUAAUUGCAAAAAAAACCAAAAAACAUUUUUGUACUUUCAUACUGUUGUAUUAUGAAUUACAUCUGAUAGUGGCUAUAACCUUUCUUUUUACUUCCAGAUACCCUCCUGUUUGCCGUGAAUGGCAACGUUGCCAGAGUUGGAUUACCUCCUAACGAUCCCUUGGAUGGGUUUGAUGCCAGAUCUAAAACUGUAGGGAAGCUGAAUCAUGUCAGCAAGUUUGCCUUUAACCCAGAAGGGGUGCUGUUUGCUGUGCAUAGUACAGAGCUCUUCGCAGGAGCUAUGCCUUCAGAUCCAAACCUGGACUGGUUCUCUAAUGCGAAGAGAGUGGGCAAAACCAACUGGGAUGGGUUAAAAUUUCUCUUCUUUGAUCCAAAUGGCAUUUUGUAUGCAGUUACCAAGAAAGGGGAGUUCUACAAAGGUCCUGCGUCAAGCAGUGAAAAUGUGUCCUGGCUUUAUGUCCAAGCCACCAAAAUAGGAACCGGAGGCUGGAAUGAAUUUGAUGCCCUUUUCUUUGACCCUAAAGGCAUCCUGUAUGCAGUGACAAGUGAUGACAAGCUUGUGAUGAGAAGCCCCCCAACCAAACCAUAUGAUAACUGGCUUGGCUCCAGCACAACCAUUGGAAAUGGAGGCUGGUGCAUCCUCACCCAUUUCAUGGCUUUCUCUCCAGAGUUUGACCUGUGGUGUGUGGAUUCAAAGAAUGGAAACAUCUAUAAAGGAUGA